UGGGGGCUGCGCCGGCGGCCGAGCUGGAGGUGACCCCCCGCUCCUGGCACUGCCACCCAUGGCUUGGCUGUGGCUCCUGGUCCUGCUGGCCCUGGCCGGGCCCGUGGGUGGCACCUGGGACACCUGCAGAGGGACCUGUGGGCUCCGGCCCAUGGCUUCCGACCACAACUCCCUGAUUCCCGACGGCCCCGUGGCUUUGGCCGACGGCACGUCCCGCGUCGUGGGGGGCACCGGUGUCCAGCCGGGGGCCUGGCCUGGCAUCGUCAGCAUCCAGGCCACCUGGAAGAAUGGCACGUGGCACAUGUGCUCGGGUGUCCUCCUCAGCUUCCAGUGGGUCCUCACAGUCGCCCACUGCUUCAUCAGGGCCGGGGACUUCUACCGAUGGGACGUGGUGAUUGGGGCCACGGAUCUGACUCAGCCGGGCCCCGAGGCCGAGGUGAGGCACAUCCAGAGGCUCCUGGUGCACCAGCACUACGUGGCUGCCACGGCAAGGAACGACAUUGCCCUGCUGGAGCUGGACCGGCCCGUGGAGUGCAGUGACUACAUCCAGCUGGGCUGUGUGCCCGACACCUCGGUGAGGGUCUCGGACCUGAAAUCCUGCUACAUCGCGGGAUGGGAUUUCUCUGCGGACACAGCUCUGGGACCAAAUGUGGUGCUGCAGGAGGCCAAGGUCCACCUCAUGGACACACGGCUCUGCAACAGCAGCCGGUGGUACGGGGGGGCCGUGCACCCCGAAAACCUGUGUGCUGGGUACCCGCAGGGUGGCAUCGACACCUGCCAGGGGGACAGCGGGGGUCCCCUGGUCUGCAAGGACAAGAGAGCUGACUACUUCUGGCUGGUGGGGCUGAGCAGCUGGGGAAGAGGCUGCUACAAAGCCAGGCACCCCGGGAUCUACACCUCCACUCAGCACUUCCACAACUGGAUCCUGGUCCAGACGGGCCUGACCCCAGUAGAAAUUGCCACUCCAACACCAGCCACUCCAGCACCAGAGCCAGGCUGUACCCCGGCCCCCGAGGAGAUCCCAGUGCCAGCGAUCACCCCGACCCCCCAGGAAAUCCCCACACGACAGGUCAUCUUGAUCCCCGAGGAAGAGGAGGAAGAGGAGGAGGAGGAGGAGGAGGAGGAGGAGGAAGAGGAGCCAACGCCAGAGCCAGAACCAACCAUCAUCUCGACCCCAGAAGAGGAGGAGGAGGAGGAAGAGGAGGAGGAGGAGCCGACGCCAGAACCAACCAUCAUCUCGACCCCAGAAGAGGAGGAGGAGGAGGAAGAGGAGGAGGAGGAGCCGAUGCCAGAGCCAGAACCAACCAUCAUCUCGACCCCAGAAGAGGAGGAGGAGGAGGAAGAGGAGGAGGAGGAGCCGAUGCCAGAGCCAGAACCAACCAUCAUCUCGACCCCAGAAGAGGAGGAGGAGGAGGAGGAGGAGGAGCCGAUGCCAGAGCCAGAACCAACCAUCAUCUCGACCCCAGAAGAGGAGGAGGAGGAGGAGGAGGAGGAAGAGGAGGAGGAGCCGCUGCCAGAGCCAGAACCAGAGGCAGAGACAAGGCCAGCCGCCGUGUUGAUCCCCGAGGAGGAGGAGGAGGAGGAGGAGCCGGUGCCCACACCGCAAUCCGACAGGCUGCUGAUCAUUUCAGUGCCCUACCAGAGCCUGGUGAAAUUCUGUAACCUGCUGACGAACUUCUUGCGGUUGCUGAGGGACAAAAUUGAUUGACCAGAAGGACGAGCAGGUCCAGUUCUGGCUGCCGUGGAUCAGGACCAUUCCCUGAUGGAAUCACGGCUGUGGGGCCAAAGGCAGCCCCAGUGCCCAGGACUGUUCCGUCCUCUCCCGCUCCUCCCCUGCCCCACCCCGAUGGAGAAGUUCUGUUGUUAUCGAAAUAAAGUUUUCGUGUUCCCCGUUAA